AUAGAGUAAGUAGAGCAUCAGUACACCUUGCGUCCUCUCCCCCCACACACCCCGUUCUAUUCCGUCCGUCCAAAGAGCAUAAGCACCCCUGCCCAACAACUUUUUUUACCCUGUUUCCCGGACUCGGGAUCUCGCCGCCAUUCCUCUUUUUUUUCAAAGGCCUUCCUCCUCCAACACCCUUCUUCCUCCUCCUCCUCUCCAUCUCCAUCCUCCUCCUCCUCCACUCCUCCCCUCCACACCCUCCCAUCAACAAUCAAUUGAAGAUGUCCUCCGCUUUCAGAGUCUCCACCAUUGCCUCGACCGCCUUCAGGUCGAGCAUCACCUCCUCCUCUUCCUUCGCUGUGAAGAGAGCCGGUUACCGUUAUUACUCGGCGGUUAAGCCUAAGACCCUCAAGGAGACCUUUGCUGCGAAGAUUCCCGAGGAGAUCGAGAAGGUCAAGAAGCUCCGCAAGGAGCACGGUUCCAAGGUCAUCGGAGAGGUCACUCUUGACCAGGUCUACGGAGGUGCUCGUGGUGUCAAGUCCCUCGUAUGGGAGGGUUCCGUCCUCGACUCCGAGGAGGGUAUUCGCUUCAGAGGCAAGACCAUUCCUGAAUGCCAGGCCCUUUUGCCCAGGGCUCCUGGAGGAGAGGAGCCUCUUCCCGAGGGUCUUUUCUGGCUUCUUUUGACCGGAGAGGUCCCCACUGAGGAGCAGGUCCGCGCUCUCUCCGCCGAGUGGGCUGCCCGUGCCGAGGUCCCCAAGUUCGUUGAGGAGCUCAUUGACCGUUGCCCCAACACCCUCCACCCCAUGGCCCAGUUCUCGAUCGCCGUCACCGCUCUCGAGCACGAGUCCCAGUUCGCCAAGGCGUACGCGAAGGGUAUCAACAAAAAGGAGUACUGGAGCUACACCUUCGAGGACUCCAUGGACCUCAUUGCGAAGCUUCCUACCAUUGCUUCCAAGAUCUACCGUAACAUCUACAAAGAUGGAAAGGUCGCCCCCAUUCAGGCCGACAAGGACUACGGUUUCAACUUGGCCAACCAGCUCGGCUUCGGUGGAAACAAGGACUUCGUUGAUCUGAUGCGUCUGUACCUGACCAUCCACUCUGACCACGAGGGUGGUAACGUCUCGGCCCACACCACCCACUUGGUCGGAUCCGCUCUCUCAUCCCCCAUGCUCUCCCUGGCUGCCGGUCUCAACGGUCUCGCCGGUCCCCUCCACGGAUUGGCCAACCAGGAAGUCCUUAACUGGCUCACUGAGAUGAAGAAGUCCGUCGGUGACGAUUUGUCCGACGAGAACAUCAAGAACUACCUCUGGACCACCCUGCGCUCUGGACGUGUCGUUCCCGGAUACGGACACGCCGUUCUCCGCAAGACCGACCCCCGCUACACUUCCCAGCGCGAGUUUGCCCUCAAGAAGCUCCCCAAUGACCCCCUCUUCAAGCUUGUCAGCCAGGUCUACAAGAUCGCCCCUGGUGUCCUCACUGAGCACGGAAAGACCAAGAACCCCUGGCCCAACGUCGACGCCCACUCCGGUGUCCUGCUCCAGUACUACGGUCUCACUGAGGCCAACUACUACACCGUCCUCUUCGGUGUCUCCCGUGCUCUCGGUGUCCUUCCUCAGCUCAUCAUUGACCGUGCCCUCGGUGCCCCCAUCGAGCGCCCCAAGUCUUUCAGCACUGAGAAGUACGCCGAGUUGGUCGGUGCCACUUUGUAAGUUCGGAGAAACCACGGAUGGAGUUAUUAGCCGCUGUGAGGCACUCUGUUAGUAGUAGUGUCUGGUGUUUGCGCAGUCUUGUAGGCGUGUAAGAUUUGUUUUGGGGGUAGGAGUAAGUGGUAGCUUGAGGGAAGGGGAACAUAAAAGUCGCCGGCGGCCUGGUUUUUUUUUGCUGGCUGGCUGGCGCUUUCUCUUGUUUGCGAGGAUAGAAUUUUCUUUUUUUUCUCUUUGGACACAUGUAUUAUGAGGCACAAAAUCUCUCAGAAGAAUCUCACUCACGCGUUGUUCGGUGACGACAUGCGUGUCAUGGCCAUGUGGGAAUGUGGAUGUG